AUGUCGAUGCCGGCCCCGCCCGUCUCGUUCCCCGACCACUCGCACCCGCACCAGCUCCACCACCAUCACCACCAAGCCACCUCGUCGCUGUGGCACCCCGAGGGCCUCGACUCGCCCAAGCAGGUCCUGUCGACGCAGCACUACCGCGACGCCGUCGACGACGUCCAGAGCGUCCUGUACGGCGGGCGAGGGCGGGAUCGAGACGAGAUCUCGCGCGUCGUCGGCGACUUGUACGAUUCCGGAGCUACGUUCGAGAACCCGUUGACGCUUGCGCGAGGGCGCGACGCCGUGAGCGACAUGUUUGCGCUCCUCGCCCUCGUCCCCGGCACCAUGUGGAGCGAGAUGGGCGACCUCACCGAGUCGCGCUCGGCGUACGACGGCAACCGGCUCGUCGUCUUUACCCACACGCUCCACAUCAGCCUCCUCCCGUCGCUCGACUCGGACGCGGCCGCGCACGCCCACGCCGCGAGUUCGUCGACCGGCGCCGCCCACCCCUCGUUGCGGCGCAGCAUCUCGUUCUUCUCGCUCCCCUCGACGCCGUACCCGCAAACGCCCUCGUCGGCGACGAUGAACGGCGGCGCCGGACCCGAGACGCCCGGGGCGGCGAGCGAGGGCAUCUUCUCCAAGACGCACCCGGCCUUGGGCGGGCGCGACCGGUGGCCGUCGGCGUCGGUCCUGUCGAUGCUGAGCCCGCGCGCGAUCGCGUCGGCGCUCACGACGCUACACCUCAAGCUGCACACGCGCCUCUUGUUCAACGAGGAGGGCCGCAUCACGGCGCACGAGGACCUGUGGGGCGUCAAGGAGCUCGUCGAGGGCGUCUUUCCCGUCGUCGGGCACCUGUACGCCGUCAACCGCCAAGGACUCGGCUGGCUCGCGCGCAUCGCGAGCCGGACACUGCUCGGCAGCGGCGGCGGCGGCGGUCAGGGUGCGGCGCAGGCGCACAAGCUCGCGGCGCUGCCGCCGGGCGAGGGCAAGCAGGCCGGCGGCGACGAGGAGGCGCAGCUCGAGGGCCAGCCGCAGUACCGCACGCCGAGGUCGGCGGCGGCGAGCGCCAAGUCGCCGUACGGCGCCGAGUACAGCCCGACGUCGCAGGGAGGAGCUGGAGCGCUCGGGCUCGACAUUGGCGAGCGGGCGGUCGCGACGACGCUCGACGACGAGUGACGACGGUGCAGCUGUCGCUGUCGUCCAGGCGGCUCACACGUCGACGUCGAGCUGGAGGUGGAGGAGGGUUCCCCGUUGUUGUGCAGUUUCUCUUGGCCUCGUCUGUGCGUGUCGUCAUAUUCAUGCUUCCCUUGUAACGAUAGACAGCGUCUGCAUC